UAUAAUUAUCAAAUUAUGUUUCCUUCACAAGGAAAUGCCUAAAAGUAGCAAACGGAGAGUCAUUUGUAUUUCGUCCUCGUCGGACGACGACAUUUCCUGUGGCGACGACGAAGAGAAAUCAGAGGAGUAUGAUGAUCAAGACGACGCCGAUUGGGAAUCAGAAGAGGAGUUCGAUGAUGAAGACGAUGACGACGGGGAUUCGGAAGAGGAGUUUGAUUAUAAAGACGAUGUCGAAGGAGAAUCGGAAGAGGAGUUUGAUAAUGAAGACAGCGACAAUGAUUGUGACGAAGUUCUAUCCGAGCGAGUCAUCCGCUUCCUUAAAGAGAACAAAAAUUUGGAUUCGUUAACACUUAAUGAUUGCAAAGCUUAUUUACGGGAGAAUAGGCUAAGAAUAGCGGGGACUAAAGCUGUCUGUAUUCAAAGAGUCGAGGAGCAUUGGAGGAUGAAAGAUGGAAAUGGUGAAGCUCACUAUCCAAGGUCAUCCUUUGUUGUCAAUUGUACUGGUGAUGUUUGUAGGGGAGAUACUGUUCUGUUCACUCAGAAAGUUUAUGCAAAAUUUGAUAAAGUAACUAGGCAUGGAGGGCUUAUAGGGAAGAGAACUGUAGCAGGGAGGGUAGUAAAGGAGAGCUAUGGUGCAAGCAAACAGCAGCAUACUUUUACUGUCGAAGUCUUAUGGAGCAGGGGAGUUAGGAAACUACCCCCACUUUAUCCUCUGCUUGUUAAGGGUCGAAAUCUCUAUAAACUAAGAACUUUCAGACGGCUGUGGAAUGAUGAAGCUGAAAGAGUACAAGUUCUUGCUGAGAAGCACAAAAGAGGUGCGGCUGCUCGAGGUUUACGAGCAAUGCAGAAAAAGAAAAGAAAAUUUCCACAAACCAGAGGAUGUGCAAAGAAUCAAGGACAUGUUCAUCUUGCAAGACAAGGUCUAAACAGUAAAGAGAGUCGCAAAAGGAUGCCAUCAAGGGACUAUAACAAUGCUGACGUCCUGGUUACCUCCAAGUUUCGCAUGUGACCUGGGCUAAAUGGUAGAAGAGAGAAGAGUGAAUGGGAUGACCAUAUAUGGGGGAAAGAAGGGGAUGGUUGACAUUCAUCAAUGAUCAAUUCUUUUAGAAUAUUAGUAUUUGAGGAAGAUAGAAUUCAAAUCCUACUAUCCAUGAGACAUUAGUAUUUGAGUUUAAGCUGUAUGCAAAUCAGCAUGAUUACACAUGUAAAAAGUUCAACAAAUAACCAACAUUUGAAAGUCAACUAGGCAUUUAGGCUUGUUUGUAAAUUUCAUUAGCCUAUUAUUACUGAA